AACGCUCGCUGCCCCUUUCUCUCGCUUCUACUACGCCUUCGCCUUACUUCCUCCAGGCGCAGGCCCUCGCUUCUCUUCUCCUCCGUCUCGAUCUCCCCCAAUUGCUCUAGCGUCCGACAUGCUCUUAACUGCAUGAGAUCAAUUGAUGACUCAACACAAGAGGCCUUUUUCUGGCAGCAGAAGCAGCGACGGCGGCGGCGGCGGAACCACCACGAACAGCAACCACAGUAUCGGAGCAACCUGCAGCACCACCCCGGUUUCUCCCGACUGCUCUAACCCCAUGAAGAAGGCUAAAUCCCAACAGGUCGCAGCCUGUUCCUUGGACCAGGAGAAGAACGGCCUCCAACGCCACUUUGGCACCGACGUGCCUCCACGACCUGCGGAGGAGGAAGACUCAAUUCUCGUAGACCAGGAGGAGCUCAAAACGGGGGCUUCAUCCCCUGUUUCUAUCAUGGGAGUCGCUUCCAAUCUAUCUAGGAAGAAGGCUACACCUCCCCAGCCGCCGACUACCAAGAAGCUCGUCAUUAAGUCAUUCAAAAUUAAACCUUCACUUCCCACAAAUUUUGAGGAGGACACAUGGGCAACAUUGAAGUCUGCUAUUACUUCUAUAUUUUUGAAGAAACCAGAUCCCUGCGACCGUGAAAAACUCUAUCAGGCUGUCAGCAAUCUUUGCUUGCAUAAGAUGGAAUGGAGCCUUUACCAACGAAUAAAGGAGGAAUGUGAAAUGCACAUUUCUAUGGCAUUGUCAUCAUUGGUCGGUCAAAGUCCAGACUUAGUGGUUUUUUUGUCAUUGGCAGAGAAAUGCUGGCAGGACUUCUGUGACCAGAUGUUGACUAUACGUGGCAUUGCUUUAGUACUUGAUAGAACAUAUGUUAUGCAAAAUCCAAAUGUCUGCUCAUUGUGGGACAUGGGUUUGCUGCUGUUCAGGAAGCAUCUCACUUCAUCUCAGGAAAUAGAGCACAAAGUUGUCACAGGACUUCUGAGGUUGAUUGAAAAGGAAAGGCAAGGUGAAGCUAUUGAUAGGACUAUCCUAAGUCAUCUUUUAAAGAUGUUUACUGCUCUAGGAAUUUACAUGGACAGCUUUGAGAAACCAUUUCUUCAAGGCACUUCUGAAUUUUAUGCCUCUGAAGGUGUGAAAUAUAUGCAACUGUCAGAUGUUCCAGAUUAUUUGAAACACGUUGAUUUGAGGUUACAUGAGGAGCAUGAAAGAUGUGUGUUAUACUUGGAUGCAAGUACGAGGAAGCCCCUUGUGGCAACUGCAGAAAAGCAACUUCUUGAACACCAUACUUCUGCAAUUCUUGACAAGGGAUUCACGUUGCUUAUGGAAGCAAAUCGUAUUGAUGAUCUUCGGAGGAUGUAUACACUAUUUCAGAGGGUUAAUGCACUCGAAUUAAUAAAGCAAUCUCUUAGUUCAUAUAUUCGCGGUACUGGGCAAGCUAUUAUCGUGGAUGAAGAGAAAGAUAAAGAUCUGGUUUCCUACCUCUUAGAGUUUAAAGCAUCUCUAGACAAGAUAUUGGAAGAAAGCUUUUUCAAAAAUGAAGCUUUCUCUAAUACCAUAAAGGAUUCAUUUGAACAUCUGAUUAAUCUGCGUCAGAAUAGACCAGCUGAAUUGAUUGCCAAGUUUGUGGAUGAGAAGCUUCGUGCUGGCAACAAGGGUACAUCUGAAGAAGAGUUAGAGAGUAUACUUGACAAAGUUUUGGUGCUGUUUAGAUUUAUACAAGGAAAAGAUGUAUUUGAGGCAUUUUACAAGAAAGACCUUGCAAAAAGAUUAUUGUUGGGAAAGAGUGCAUCAAUUGAUGCUGAGAAGUCAAUGAUCACAAAACUUAAAACUGAGUGUGGCAGUCAAUUUACAAAUAAAUUGGAGGGAAUGUUUAAGGAUAUUGAGUUAUCUAAAGAAAUAAAUGACUCCUUUAAACAGUCAUCCCAAGCUAGGACAAAGCUUCCAACUGGUAUUGAAAUGAGUGUUCAUGUCCUGACAACCGGGUAUUGGCCCACAUAUCCACCCAUGGAUAUUCGGCUUCCUCAUGAGUUAAAUGUCUAUCAGGACAUAUUCAAAGAGUUCUAUUUGAGUAAGUACCAUGGUAGGCGUUUAAUGUGGCAGAAUUCCUUAGGCCACUGUGUCCUGAAAGCAGAAUUUCCAAAAGGGAAAAAAGAAUUGUCAGUUUCAUUGUUCCAGACAGUUGUUCUCAUGCUUUUCAAUGACACUCAAAAGCUGAAUUUUCAAGACAUUAAAGAUUCUACAGGCAUUGAUGGUAAAGAGUUGAGGAGGACAUUACAAUCAUUAGCAUGUGGCAAAGUUCGAGUGCUACAGAAGAUCCCAAAAGGAAGAGAGAUCGAAGAUGAGGAUUCUUUUGUGUUCAAUGAAGAAUUUAAUGCUCCAUUAUAUCGCAUAAAGGUAAAUGCAAUCCAAAUGAAGGAGACAGUGGAGGAGAACACAAGCACCACCGAAAGAGUAUUCCAAGACCGUCAGUAUCAGGUUGAUGCAGCUAUUGUUCGCAUUAUGAAGACAAGGAAAAUACUUAGUCACACAUUGCUAAUUACUGAACUCUUUCAGCAGCUUAAGUUUCCGAUAAAGCCUGCGGAUUUGAAGAAGAGAAUAGAAAGCCUUAUCGACAGGGAAUACUUGGAGAGGGACAAGAACAAUUCCCAGAUUUACAACUACCUGGCGUGAACAAAUCUUUUAAGUAUAUUGUAAUCUGGUCUAUCUACAAUACUACCCUCGGUGAAGUCCCAUCCUAUACGGACCUUGUACAGGGAACUGUAAUCUUUUAUUUUCUAUUCUAUUUAACUGAAAAAAUCUCCCUUUCCCACAAUAUCACACCUCUCUUUGAGCAGAAUUCUUGUGAACUA